UGCUAAAUUUGAUUUGAAUAUUUCAAAAGUGGAUAAUAUCUAGUUGAUCUAGAUAUAUAGUAUGUAAGUUAUUGUAAUAGUCCAAGUGUAUCAUCAACUAUAACUUUUCACACUACAUUCGUUAAUGGUAUAAAUCAGUAUAUGUCAUCAAUAUUUCCUUAUCAGUAAAGAUUAAAUUCGCAAUAUUCAAUCAAAGUUAAUCAGACAUGGCCAAUUUAAUAGGGAAUAACCAAUUUCCUAUUAGUCUGUUUAACUCUCCAAUAGGCUAUUCCAAGAACCCCUUACUAUACGGUCAGCAACACAAUCAUGAUGAAUCAACUAAUGCGUCUGGAACAACUACUCCAAUCAUUGAUGAACAACCUUCUUCAGCCACAAUCACAUCCCAUAAUGUUUCAUUAACUACUCCACCGAAGGAACUCACAUUUGAUAAGUUGCCUUAUGAAAUACGAUCACAAGUAGCGAAUGAAUUAUCUCAAUUUGAUUGUAUCAAGUUAUUGCUUGUUAAUAAAGCAAUCUAUGCUUCAACUAUUACUAGACUAUAUCAAUAUAUUAUCAUAGAUGAAGAUUAUAAUAGUUUCAAUAAUGAGAAAGAAUAUAAUUACAGACGAUAUGAAAGAGAUAAUAAGUAUCGGAGUCAGUUUUCAUGUACGUUUAUAAACAGUUCAUAUAAUUUGAAACGAUUCAUUAGGGUAUACAAUACCAAAUUUAUGAAAGAACAUUCAUUUGAUGGAAUUGAUGAGAAUUUCCCUCAUAUUAGACGGUUUGAAUGUAUAAAGAUCCCUGAUUCAUUGAAUAUCUACGAUUAUGAAUUGAAUGAUCAAUUGAUCUUAUUCUUCAAACAUUUGAUUUGUUUACGACAAUUGAUUUGGUUGAAUGAUAAUUUCCGAUUAGAGUUUCUUUAUAAUUUAAAGAAUAAAUAUUUGAUUAAUACUUUGGUCCUUAAUAUUAAAUUCAGUAAUUAUUUAAAUGAAUUGAAUGAUGCUAAUGAAUUAGAUGAUUAUUCCAAAUUGACAUUUCCUAAUAUUAUAAACUUUCAAAUUCAACCAUUUCAUAAUAGUAAGAAGUUGAUGAAAAUUAUUAAUAAUUUAUUAAUUAAUAGACAUGAUCCAGUGGAUGUUAGUUCGAAUUUAAGGAGUUUGGUUUUAUCAAAGUAUCAUAAGAGUUAUGAUAAUAAUAUCUUACUUCCCAAUUGUCGAGAUUUAAUUGGAUUUACCUCGAGUAAUAAUAACAAUGAUAUCAAUAAUAUUAAUAACAAUAACAAUUUCACAGUUCAUACGACUCUACAUGAAAUCGAUUUAAAGUCCAUAUCAUCAUUAUUCAGGUUUAGUAAACUCAAAUACUUAUCAAAUUUAACAACAUUAUCGCUUGAUAAUAUAUUAAUAACUCCCGAAGAUUCACAAAUAUUCAUCAAUGCUAUAAAUUUACCCCAUUUGACAUCAUUAUCAUUAAGGGGUAUUUCUGAAUAUCAAAUCAUAUCUGAUGAAGCAUUUGGAACCAGGGAUAGAAAUGUGAUAUUGGAAUACUUAAAGCCAAGUUUCUUGGAACAUAUCGCUCCUCAUUUACAUAAUUUACGUCAUUUAUCAAUUGAUUAUCGUCAAACUUAUAUUGAUUCUGUACCAUUAUUCAUACAAACCAUACCUUCUAAGUCAUUAAAAUCAUUAGACUUAUUGAUACGAUUAAAUCAUACUAAACCCUUAUCUAAUCAUGAAGAUGAAUUAAAAUUUUAUAAUGAAUAUCAAUUAGCCAUAUUAACCCAUGCUAAGACAUUGAAUAAACUUUCGAUUGAAUUAAGACAAGAGAUUGAUAAUUAUAGUGAUAGUAAUAAUCUAAAUAUCUUAGUCAGUAUCCCCUCUCGGAUUCAUUUUUAUUCUGAUUUGGUUCAAUUAACGAGUUUAACGAGUUUAAGAAUAAAUCCGGGUGAUAACGUAGAUGAAUUCUUAUAUUUAAUCAAGAAUCUUCAUUCCUUAAAGAAAUUAGAUAUUUUUGGAAGUAAAGCUGGAGGCUCACCAAAUUUAGGGUUAGGAAUGAUUCAUCCAAGUAUUUAUGAUGAAUGGUAUAAGGUUCAACAUGUGGCAUUAUUCUAUUUACAAUGUAAUGCUCAUAUUGAUUAUAUUAGAAUUAAUAGUUGUAUUUUUGAAUGUAAUGGAAUCAAUCUACAAAUCAAUCCAAGAUACGGCAUUACAAGAUGGUUUGAUAGACAUAUCAGACCAACCAAUGAAUUAACAUGAUCAUUCAAGUUGAUUGUAUAUAAGGUUUUAGAAAAAUGUAUGACUUCUUUAUAAGUUGCAAAAUAAUAAAUUAUUGGUGUGUCACCGUUUUUUUCUUGCUUACGCUGCCGAACUUCGGUGUUUGGUCCUGUAUAUACUUCUGACCAAUCAUUUCUCGUUUGAACUUGAUUACUCUCAUUUUAUUAUGGGGAUUACUAAAUGAUAACUAUAACGGGUGGGCAGUCGUGUCCCAUUUACCAAAAAAUUCUUUUUCCUUCAAAUUAAAGCAAACAUCAACUUUAUAAUUAUAUU